AUGAAGCUCAACAUUUUGGUCUUUGAAUUUGCUGCUCUGGCAUCCCUUGGUUUUGUACCCAACUGGGCCAUGGCACAGGAUAACAGCUGCAAUGGGAAUCGUGUUUCAAAUGUGCUGAAGCUGGAACUCAUUGGAGAUCCAGUGGAAGACACAAGUGGAGAGUACCCAGUGCUUGUUGGAGACAUGGAACCUGUGUGCCUGGGCCGUGAUCUCACCCAAAUUCCAAGGGUUCAGUUCCGUGGUUUAAAGCAAAACACAAACUCUCCUCUUAACUUCCUCAAGGUGGAAAGUGAGAAGACCAUGACAGGCUCUGUUGUGGAAGAUGGUGGGGCCCCAUCAUCAGUUGAGAUCACUACCUGGUAUGGAGAAGAAACUGGCAAUGGUAACAAAACAAUUACAAUUUCCUUGACAUCUGAUGGCACCUUUUCAAUGGCCGCCACUGAUGGUGAAGACACCUAUAAAAUCGAAAGUGUGGGGACUCAGGCCUCAGAUGGGACAACUGCUGUGAAGUACAUUGCUGCCAAUUUGGCUGAUGUCCCCCUUCCACCUCCAGUGGACCUCACAGGAGUUGAUUUCUAUUUAGUGUCUGAGUCACCAAGCUCUUCUCCCAGUGCAUCCCCCAGCACUUCUCCCAGCAAGCUCUCCCAGCACAUCCCCCAGCACUUCUCCCAGCAGUUCACCCAUGGAAGUCCAACUGCCCCCCCAACAUCUUGUCGCGAAGCACAGAUCAAUUGUGGAAAUGGCAAUGGAAAUGGCAAUGGUCCAAAUGGUAACAAUCCUGAUGAUGGACUUCGCCGCAAUCUCCAGGCAGUGGUCAAAGCCGCAAUAGAACAGCGCAAUUUGCGGGGCCCUCGUGAGCUUCAGACGACAUACACCAUCAGAGUUGGUCAUAUCAUCACCACAGCCACCUGGGUAGCUAUGGGCCAGAGUUGGAGCAGAGUUGUUCAAAUUGUCAACAAUGCCAUCUAUCAAACAAAUACAGCAUUAGCCAACACGCAGCUUAACAUUGUCCUGGAAAGUGUUAGUACAUGGCUUGACCAAACGAACUUCCCUGAUGCUGCAGCGCGUUCACAGGGUGAAUAUGCAUACUAUCUCCAGAGAUCUGGAGAUGGAUACUUUGAUGGUAUUUUUGGCCUCCAAAAUACAUAUAAAAUUGAUGCAUUUGUGGUAAUUGGAGAGCACGUAAAGGGAGGAUAUGCAAGCAACAUUGGCACGGACAUCACCUGGGACAGGCCUGGUUAUUUUGAAGUGCAAAGGAACAAUGUUGAUUUGGCUGGUCAUUACCUCUGGGCACAUGAAUUUGGACACUUGCUGGGCGCAAAACAUGACAAAAUUACGGGUUCUAGUUGCACAGCAACAAGCACAUGUGGGUACAUCUGGACGUCUUCCUGUCAGAGGACCAUCAUGACUUACCCUGAUAAAUGUGGGUGCACUCCAUGCACUUCUGUUUUGGCAUACUCACAGUGGGCUGGCACUGAAUACAACAACAAGGCUGCCAUGGCUGCAUACGCCCCAACCUUGGCUGCCAGAUACAACUGA